AUUGGUUAUCUGUUCUGUGGUCACGCAACGCUUCGUCUGAAGAAAUAAUUUGUUCUGAUUUCAUGGUGUUUUCAAAGACUUGGAGAAUUUAGGAUAUGAGUGAACAACGAGGUCGUGGAAGAGGAGCUCGCGGGCGUGCCGGCCGCGGAGCUGAUGGUUCCGGCGGAGCGCCGCGUCGGCCGGGCGAGUAUCAGCAGCAGCCUGGCCCGCCAAAGCCGACCACUGGGCCGCGCCCGCAGCCGCCCAUGGCUUGGGGCCCCCCGACUGUGGCCCCACCAGUUAGAGCUGGGGUCCCUGCCCCCACAGUCCAGGCAGGCAGAGCAUCCCACCGCACUACUCCUACCACCCGUGACCAUCCGGGUGAUGUUGAUAUUCAAGAGCGAAUGCAGAAAAUAGAUUUAGGUCAGCCGUCACAGGCUGGUGCGGGCGGAGACGCCGGCGCGACGGGGCGCGGCUCGCGGCGCGGCGGCGGCCGCGUGCUGCCCGAGCAGACGAUGGUGCUGCGCACGCGCCCCACAGCUGUCACAUCAAAGAAAGGUACAACUGGACGUCCGCUUGACUUGAUGGCCAACUACUUCACGGUGGAGACGACGCCGCAGUGGCGCCUCUACCAGUACCAUGUGGAUGUAGACCCCGCAGAAGACAGCACCGCUGUGCGAAAAGGCUUGCUACGUGUGCACGCCCCCACUCUUGGCGGGUAUUUGUUUGAUGGCUCUGUGCUGUACACGGUGAAGAAGCUCCACCCAGACCCAUUGGAGCUGUAUUCCGACAGGAAAACCGAUAACGCGCGCAUGCGUUUACUCAUCAAGCUUACCUGUGAUGUCAGUCCUGGUGACUAUCACUAUAUUCAAGUGUUCAACAUCUUGAUCAGGAAGUGCUACAAUCUGCUUAAACUCCAGCUUGUUGGAAGGGACUUCUUUGACCCCGCUGCUAAGGUUGAAAUAACAGAGUAUAAACUAGAAGUAUGGCCAGGUUAUAAGAGUACAAUAAAUCAAUAUGAAGAUCGUCUGCUUUUGGUAUCUGAAAUUACGCACAAGGUUCUGCGUAUUGACACAGUCCUUAUGAUGAUCAAUGAAUAUGCUGCAACCAAGGGAAAAUUCUAUAGGAAGAACUUCUUGGAAGAUAUUGUCGGUAAAAUUGUUAUGACUGAUUAUAACAGUAGGACAUACAGGGUUGAUGAUGUCUCUUGGGAAGCGAGCCCUAAGUCUACUUUUAAAAUGAAGGAUGAGACUAUCACUUACAUGGAUUACUAUCUUAAGAAGUACAACAUCCGCAUCCAAGACCAAGGGCAGCCGCUUCUGAUCUCGCGGUCGAAGCCGCGCGAGAUCCGCGCCGGCCUGCCCGAGCUGGUGUACCUGGUGCCCGAGCUGUGCCGCCAGACGGGCCUGUCCGACGCCAUGCGCGCCGACUACCGCCUCAUGAGCGCGCUCAACGCGCACACCAAGAUCGGCCCCGCGCAGCGCAUACAGAAACUGCUCGCGUUCAAUCGCCGGCUCACGCAGACGCCGGAAGUUGUCAAGGAAUUAGCAUCUUGGCAAAUGAAGCUAUCGAACAGCCUUGUGAAGUUCAAGGGCCGACAGUUGCCCGCUGAGAACAUCAUCCAAGGGAACGACGUGAGGUACCCGGCCGGGGACACCACUGAGGGCUGGACCAGGGAUAUGAGAUCAAAGCAAUUGCUGUCGUUGGCUCAAGUACCGUUUUGGAUCGUCAUCACUCCGGAGAGACAGCGGCGCGACGCCGAGGCGUUCGUUGAGAAUAUCCUUAAAACCGGUGGCGGUGUCGGCUUCCGCAUGCCGCGCCCAGAAAUCGUUGUUAUUCAACGCGACGGACAAAUCGACUACGCCAACAUGUGUGAGAAUAUAAUAUCUAGAAGAAAUCCUUCAUUGAUUAUGUGCGUCUUAGCCAGGAAGACCGCAGAUAGAUACGAGGCUAUCAAAAAGAAGUGUACUGUAGAGCGCGCGGUACCCACGCAAGUGGUCUGUGGUCGCAACCUGACAAGCAAGUCGGCAAUGUCCAUUGCGACUAAAGUUGCUAUACAAAUCAACUGCAAGUUGGGCGGGGCGCCAUGGACAGUGGCGAUCCCCUUGAAAACAAUCAUGGUGAUCGGUUACGACGUGUGCCACGACACACGCUCCAAGGAGAAAAGUUUUGGCGCCUUCGUCGCCACUUUAAAUCAGGCGAUGACCCAGUAUUACUCCAUCGUGAACCCACAUACUUGCGGCGAGGAGCUCAGCUCCCACAUGGGCUACAAUAUUGGUGCUGCUGUCAUGAAAUUCAAAGAUAAAAAUGGUGUAUUGCCUAACCCGAUCUUCAUUUACCGUGAUGGUGUAGGAGAUGGUCAAAUUCCAUAUGUGCUCAGUCAUGAGGUUGGGGAGAUCAAGAAGAAAUUGAAUCAGAUCUACGCUGGAGCAGAAUACAAGUUGGCGUUUAUCAUCGUGUCUAAACGCAUCAACACCAGGAUAUUCGUUGAGAGCAACCGCGGGGGUGAGAACCCGCGCCCCGGAACGGUCAUUGAUGACGUGGUCACAUUGCCUGAGCGGUACGAUUUCUAUUUGGUGUCUCAAAAUGUGAACGAAGGCACCAUUGCCCCGACGUCGUACAACGUUAUCGAAGAUACUACUGGGCUAUCUCCAGACAGGAUCCAGCUCUUGACAUACAAGUUGACACACUUGUACUUCAACUGCUCGUCGACGGUGCGCGUGCCGUCUGUGUGCCAAUACGCGCACAAGCUGGCCUUCCUCGCCGGCAACAGCCUCCACAGCCAGCCCCACCCGUCGCUCAGCGAGACACUGUACUUCCUGUAGAAGAUUACUGUCACCGUGACAUAAUAAGGAUAUUUUUCAAAUUGCAAAAACUUUACGGGAAAAAAAUAUAUUUGAUUACUUGAAAAUUAACAUCAUCCAGAUUUCGAAAUAUUUUCUAAAUUCUGAUAAUGUUUCUUCGGUAUCAAAAAUUCUUAUAUUUCUGACUAUUUUUCUUCUAAUACCAAUUCUUUUUUAAGACAUGUCUUAUGUUGUAUUUUUAGAUUGUAAGAAUUACUAGAAUUAAGGUACCAUAAGUGGGACAAGUGAACACACAUUGACAACUAAUUUGCAUGUGGUGUUUCAAUGGUCAUUACGAUUUUAUUAAAUGAAGGUGUAUGGCACAUGCCAUUAUUGAUAUUGUCAUUAGGAGAUAGUUAUCAAAAUAACCAAUUGAUGUUGUGAUACCACCGGUUUUAUUAGUAACUAAGUACAUUAAACUGCCUAGUCAAGUAAACUCCAUAUCUUGCAUUUGUGAUGUUAUAUUGCUGCACUUUGGUUAGAUGGUUGAUCCCGUAAUCGUGUAUGGUGACGGUUGUCACCAUACUCAUCCAGGCGUCUCUAUGGCGCUGAUUACGGAAACAUCCACCUAAUGUUUGAUAUAAAAAACAUCAGCUAUACGAUAACACCAACACUCAGCUGCAUGAAAGGUAUUCCAUCAAGGCAAGGAGUACACUUGACCAUGUUGUACCUCUACGUACAUUGUAUUCCUGUUUUUAUUACCUCAUAAAUAUUUGAUUAAGAUCUGAUUAUGACCCUUUUUUUUUUACUAAUAUCUUUUAAGUGAUAUUGUUGUGUUGAAAGUGGAUAUGCCACGUUAAUAAUGAGAGUUAAUUGAAAAUUUAAACUAUUGGUAAUUUUUGUGAUAAGUUCAUCAUUAUAGUAUCAUAUCCACAAACAACAAGUCAAUGUGCUGUCCAAAGUGACUGCUUGGUUGGCAUUUAUUAUAAGUAAACAUAACAGUGACUGUGCAGGGUGCUUUAUGAUAGUAGUGCCAUCAUAUUGAUGUGAAAUUGAGAGCGUGAAUAAUUAAGGAAUGGUCUUUUUGAAGUCACUUAUAUUUUUGUUAUCUUUGUAUCUUAUAAUUUUGAAUCUACAUUUUGAUAAUGUAGUAUUUUGUGUAGUCUUAAAUCUAAACAGCGAAGAAAUUUAUCCCUAUUUUUUUUGUUACUAUGUGAUGGCUACACAAAUAAAUGUUAUAUUUUUCAA